AUGUCCUCUCCCCAGAGUUACGACACGGCUACUGCUGUUCCUGGAGCAGAGGACCAGCAGCAAACAACGCAGCAGCCGCAAUCUCCGCCCAAGUCGCCAUCUUCAACCGACAAGCGUGCUCUCGCCGCUGCGGCUGCCGCUCGCUUACACCGUCCCAUUAUGCCAACGUUACCAGAAUCGCGGCCGCAGACGUUUGACGAGAUCUAUGGGCCACCAGAGAACUUCCUCGAAAUUGAAGUGCGCAACCCACAGACGCAUGGCGUUGGUCGGCACAUGUACACCGACUACGAAAUCGUCUGUCGCACAAAUAUCCCAGCCUUUAAGCUGCGCCAGUCAUCAGUGCGGCGACGGUACUCGGAUUUUGAAUACUUCCGCGAUAUUCUGGAACGCGAGAGCGCUCGUGUGACUAUCCCUCCACUUCCCGGCAAAGUGUUUACCAACCGUUUCAGUGACGAGGUCAUCGAGAAUCGGAGAGCGGGGUUGGAGAAGUUCCUCAAGAUCGUUGUUGGACACCCCCUGCUGCAGACGGGGAGCAAGGUAUUGGCUGCUUUUGUGCAGGACCCGAACUGGGACCGCAACGCUUGGUAA